AUGGCAGCAGCAAACUUUACUGGAGAUGGACAGCAGAAAACAGUUCAACAACUCAUGUGUUCCGCAGGAUUAACUGCUGGACUACACGGCCAGUUGACUUUUAUUUCAGUUUUAAACACUGUUCUGUCCGUUACUGCAUUUCUUGGAAAUGCUCUGAUCCUAAUUGCUCUCCACAAGGAGUCUUCAUCACUUCAUCCCCCAUCAAAGCUCUUACUUCGUAGCCUUGCAACAGCUGAUCUCUGUGUUGGUCUAUUUGCAGAGCCUCUCUCUGUGGGCUAUUGGAUGUCUGAGGUGAAUGAACAUUGGAAUAUUUGUCCGUACCUAUCGCUUGUAAGUUUUGUAACAAGUUAUAUCUUGUGUGGAGUGUCGUUCGCAACUCUGACUGAACUAAGCGUGGAUAGACUUCUUGCCCUGUUGUUGGGACUGCGAUACAGACAAGUUGUAACUUUAAAGCGAACCUACCUGACCGUUAUUACCACUUGGGUUAUUGCCGCUGUCUUUUCAGGAAUGGUAUUUUGGAAUCCCCUGAUAACCUUAUGGUAUGGCACCAUAGGUAUACCUCUAUAUCUUAUAAUCUCAAUCUUCUCUUACACAAAGAUUUUCCUCACUCUCCAUCAUCGUAACACUCAGAUUCACAGCCACAAUGUUCAACAACCAAACCAGACAAAUCAACUAAACAUAGGGCGAUACAAAAAGGCAGUUUCCACUGUAAUAUGGCUGCAACUGACGUUGGUCGCUUGUUAUCUACCUCAUGGUGUAGUGACUACUUUGUGGGCUAAGAGUGGACUAUCUGUAUCUGUUUAUCACGCUAGGAUUUAUACAGCCACUUUAAUUUUCUUAAACUCGUCUUUAAAUCCAAUUCUUUACUGUUGGAAGCUAGAUGAAGUUAGACAAGCAGUAAAGGACACAGUCAGAAAAGUGCUUCGCCAUUGUUUUACAAGUUAG